UUGAUUCUUAACUAGAAAGACAAACGAUGGAAGAUGAUAAAAAUAAGAAGAAAAGAGAGGCAAAUAUUCCUGAAAGAGAAGCAAACCAAUCCUUGUUCUCUGCUCCAGUCAUGAUAGUCGUGAUAGUCGCUUGUUUGGCUGGAAUCUUUGGAAGCUUUCACUACUCGAAUAAAACUUCUGUUGAAUUGAAACAAGAGUCUAGAACAGACUUGAACGAUGAGUACCAAUCAGCUACUGUGGAGGACUUGCAGGCUGGAUCCGGACAUAAUUCUGGGUACUCGGCGAUAACACAACCCAGUACUGAACCAACACUUUCCUUUGAUAUAAAAACUAUUGAUAAAUUUGAAAACAAGAAUAUAUUAACUUCUGCUGAUGGGAAAACGACGGAGAGAAUGGAUGAUAAGGACCAAAAAGAGAGAGAAGAGACACCUGGUGCUGGCUCAAACACUCUUACAUAUCAGGAAUUGGAUAAGGAAAUAUCAGAUUCAACCGAAAGAAAUAUAGAUGAGGAGUAUAUAACCUUGGGAACUGAUAAGAAGUCUGAUACAAUGACAGCUGUAAAGAAAGAAGAAGCAACAACAGAACCUGAAAUAAACAGUAGUCCGUCAAUGGAAGACAAAGCAGAAGCCUCUACAACACCAGAACAGGAAAUAACACCGAGCAUGAUGACAGCUGUAAAGAAGGAAGAAGCGACAACAGAACCCGAAAUAAACAGUAGUCCGUCAAUGGAAGACAAAGCAGAAGCCUCUACAACACCAGAACAGGAAAUAACGCCGAGCACGAAUGAUAAACAAGUUGUAAAAGAUAACAGUGAAGACAAGUUCAAAAUACUCCCCAGACGCGAUGGAGUAAAGGUUGGUCACGUGCAGAAUCUAGAGUUGGAGCCUGGAAAGUUUUAUGACGUCAUAACCAGAAGUCUCAAUCCACCCAUAUUUGAAAUACCAGAUUUCUUAGCAGAAGACGAGUGUCAGAAGUUAAUCGACCAGGCAACUAAGCUGGGACUAGAUAGAAGUGAGUAUCAAGUGCCUGACGUGGGCGUUGAAACGACCAAUCAGGAGACGUUUAAAGGAUGGGAUUAUGAUGACGAUAAUGUCAUAACUCCUCAAGAGAUAGUCUAUACCCUCCAAGACACUGCGUAUUUAUUCUUUACAACUGCAGAUGUUGAAAAGAUGUUCGUUGAUCUCAAUAUUGAUCAGAAUAGUAACGGUGCUAUGGAUUUAGAUGAAUAUCUCCGUGUGACAAAAAGUCGAAUAGUGCGUUACCUUAAAGAAUUAUCAGAAACGCUUCCCAGGACAAGGCACAGGAAUAGUAGACAGACGUGGUUACAUUAUAACGAUGUUGAUGGACUGAAUGAAAGGGUUUCUGCGCUUACUAAACUCCCUGUUGAAGUGGUUGAAAGAAGCGAGAAGCUUCAGGUGGUCAAUUAUGGACCAGAAGGACAUUACUAUUGUCAUACUGAUUCACAAGAUAUCGAGGAUGGGGUUCCUUGUUGCCUUUUCAACAGUCGUCGAAAAUGCCGAUUGUGCAGAUACAUCACAGUGCUUUACUAUUUGAACAAUGUGGAAGAAGGCGGAGAAACGGCUUUUCCUCUAGCAGACAAUGUAACCUUCAGCCAUGAGGAGUGGGUCAUGAACAUAAAGCAUCAUUGUGAUCUCAGUAAACACUGUCAUCAAGCAAACGUCUACGUUAAACCAAGACAAGGUACAGCCAUCAUGUGGUAUAACCAUCUAAGGGAUGAACAAACAGGAUGGCUGGGAAGAAUCGACCCAAGGUCAUACCAUGGCGGAUGUGACGUCAUUAAAGGACACAAAUGGAUCGCUAAUAGUUGGAUAAAUAUUGUAGGUGAACCAGGUGAUAAACUAGUGGCAUAUCAUCCCACAUCAGACCCUAUACCAUAGGAUACUUCCAAGUACCUUUACUUUAUUCUGAGAAACAUGUUAUAACGUAGGCUCAUUAUAAGAUAAUUCACCUUUUCGGCGCUAGCUUGGAUUGUGUUACGGUCACCAAAAAGUUCUGACAUCAUUCUCUGAUUUCCAURCAAAUUCACUGACUUUAAAGGGAAAAUUUAGGUAGAUUUCUUUAGUUAGCUAUCUUAACAGCAGUAGGAAAAGCUUCAAUCAAGCUAGAAAAAUGAAGUUUUACUUGUAUUUAGAGAACUAACUAAACAAACCAAGUAAAUAGUUCAUUUAAAGUCAGUAUAUUUGUACGGAAAUCCAAGAACCAUGUACGAACGUUUUGGUGACCGCAACACAAUUCAGAACAAUUUAUACCACGUGACGGUUUGCUCCGAAAAUGUGAAUUACGAGAUCUAGACAUUAGGCUAAGCAUUGCUAAUAACUGAUAUACCAAGUACGACAUAAAUAGUAUUCACGUUAGGUAGCCUGAGCACAUGAAGGUGGUAUGCAAUAAACAUCACCAGAUGCAA